AUGAACAUUCUUGCAAUAGGCACGAUCUCUAUGUCCAUUCUCACUGUUGUGAUCUAUCUAAUAAGUUAUUACCUCAGUGGGAGUAUAGUGAUCUCAAUAGCCAUUCCUUCACUAUGUUUAUACAAAAUAGCUCGCUUGAUAUGCACAUUAAUUACAUUUCCAGGAUCUGUCAAAUCACUUUACUACAAAUUUACCUUGUUGAAUCUAAGCGACUAUUUUGUAAGUAGAACCUUAUAGCAUUUGACAAUAAUCAUCAAUUCUACGAAUCCUCAUAGGUACACACAGCAAACCAUUGAAAAUUCAAUCUAUUUUUUGAAUACGCAAUGUAGGACUCUAUCAGAAAUGAAGCAGAAGAACGAUCAACAAAAUAAAUACCAUGCCCAACUGAAGCUAUUGAGUGAUGAAUUGAUGCAAAUCCCUCAGGGUGAAUCACUUGAUAAAUUAUAAACUGAGAGGAAGCUGAGAAUCACCUCCAUUUGCAAACAACUACAAAUCUUCCUUGAACAUUACGCCUACCAAAUGUCUCAGCAGAGUAUUAUUAGAAGAUUCUUCUAACCCGAAUUCCUGUGCACACUCUAACAAAGAAGAAUUGAAAUUUUAAUUUAAAAUAACAAUCUUGAGAGACAUCUUCUCAAGACUCCCAGCAAAGAAACUAUAGAUUGUUUGUUCAUUAAACAUAAUGAGAGUGGACCUACAGUGCUCUUUUGUAAUCCCAAUGCUGGGUAUUAUGAAUACAUGUUCUUUGAUGUAAUACUAGUAAUCCUAUUUUUGUUAGUGUGAUUGGUUUAGAUUCUAUGCCUAAUUGAAAUUCAAUAUCAUUUUAUGGAACUACAGAAGUUUUGGAGAAAGCACAGGCAGUAUUUCAAUAGAAAAUUGCAUUGAGGAUGGCCGUUUUGUUGCUGAGUAUUUUAAGAGCAAGUACAGCAUCAAAACACUGGGUGCUCACGGUUAAUCCUUGGGAGGAAUGGUGGCAGCAGAAGUUGCUUAUCAAAUGAAGCUAUCAUUCUUAAUUGUGGACAGAAGCUUUUCCUCAUUGGGUCAAGUGGCAGCUGCGAUGUAAAUAAAUAAAUCAAAAGCAAUAGGUUCUCGUCUACCACAAUCAGAUUCAUUUAUAAUUGCCUUGUAAGUUGGGAUAGACCUAAUUAUCUGGCUUAUUACAAUUACGUGGGACCAAAAUUGAUAAUUUAAGAUCCAAAAGAUGAAAUACUCCCCUAUGAAUCGUAAUUGCAAACUGCAGUGGUGCGUUGUCACUUUGCUGAUUAGCCAAUCAAAUAUUCCUUCAAGCAUUCGUUUUUUAAUCAAGAAUCUACUUGUAUAUUUAAUAUCAAUUUUAGAAUAUUUGAAAUACUUUUACUCUGAAAUAUUGUCAAGGAAACAUGUACUUGAAUUAUGUACAUCACUUUAAUACAUUAUCAAUUUGGCCAUCAAGAUUAAUCAAGUUGAAAAUAAGUAAGAAUCAGAGAACAACAAAAACUACAUUGAAUUGCAGAAUGAUGAUGAUGACAUAGAUGCAGCCAAACCUAUACUAUCAUAAAUCUAUUCAUUUUUUUCAUUAAUCCAUUAUUGUGGCAAUAGUUUAUUGGAUGUUAUGCAUAGAUAGGCGAAUCCGGAGAAGAUUGCAUUGUUUUUUGGCAGUUGUUUUGCAUUUGAUUAACAAGAUGAAGGCGAGUUUGAAAAAUGUUACCAUAAUUUCGAAGUUGCAUGUGAAUCCUUUUUGGAAUCCUCACACUAUUACAUUAAUUGGGGCUAUGUAAAUAGAGUUAUAACAUUGAUUAGAUUCGAACUCACAUCAGGAUAAUCAGAGAGAAAUGUAGAAGUAUUAUUGGUAAAUUCCAACAGAUCAAACUAAGCAAUGAUUACUCUCUUGAAAUGACUGGUUACACCAAUGACUCAGAUCUAUGCAAGAAAAACAUGUUGGGAGAAUUGAUUUCAGUUUCAUGCGGACACAAUAACAAUCUAAGCAGAGAAGAUACCUGUUUAGUAUAAAAAUUCUUGUUGAAAAAUAAACUGAGAUGA